AUGGAAGCUUGGUACCUGGAACUGCAGAUCGCUAAAUUUCGUAUACUGCUCGAGCAGUUAGAACCCCACAAGUUCGGUAUCGUGGCUUUGCAGGAAAUCUGUCGCAAGGGUGAGAAGGUGUGGAAGGUCCGCGGCGGUAAGGCCCAGUCUUACCAGAACGGUGGGGCUACCAACGAGCUGGGAACGGGCUUUGUAGUGUUGGGCAGAAUGUUGGAUCGCGUUAUUAAUUGGAAGGCGAUCAACGAAAGGAUGUGUGUACUGAGGAUAAAAGGCCGGUUCUACAACUACAUCAUCAUCAACGUGCAUUGUCCGCACGAAGGUAGACCCGACGACGAGAAGGAAGCGUUUUAUGCGCAGCUGGAAGCGACAUACGUCAGCUGUUCACCACGGGACAUCAAGAUCGUCAUCGGGGAUAUAAACGCCCAGGUUGGUAGGGAAACAAUGUACAGACCGAUGAUAGGCCCAUGCAGUCUACACACCGACACGAACGACAACGCUGGCAUCAACUUCGCAGCUUCCCGAGGCCUGGUGAUCAGAAGCACUUUCUUCCCCCGCAAGGAUAUUCAUAAAGCCACUUGGAGAUCACCUGACCAACAUACAACAAACCAAAUUGACCACGUCCUCAUCGAAGGCCGAUUUUUCUCAAACAUCACUAACAUACGCUCCCUGCGCGGUGCGGAUAUUGACUCGGAUCACUACCUAGUGGGAGUACAUGUGCGCUCAAAACUAUCGAGAGCUUACAACUCACGGCAAAACCGCCCUCCUCGGUUUAACAUUCGACAGUUAAAAGACCCGCAAGCUGCCGAGAAUAACGCGCGCCUGUUGGAUAAGGCACUACCCUACUAUCUCGAAGACGGCUGGAGUAAGAUUAGCUCUGCCAUCGAAGAGACCGCAACCGCGGUACUACGUGAGGAGACUACGAGCCCAAGAAACAACUGGUUCGACGGGGAGUGCCAGCAAGCAAUGGAGAGAAACAAAACAGCUUGGAAAAACUAUCUGAGCAUUGCCACGAGGGAGAAUUUGGCCAAAUAUCGACGAGCGCGGAAUUUGACCACGAUACUGAGGCGAAAAAAGCGCCAGCAGGAGGACAGGGAUCGCGACGAAUUAGAAAAACUAUUUCAGGCUAAUGAUACGCGCAUGUUCAAUGAGAAGGUGAACCAAUCUCGUAAGAGCUACACACCGAAUCCAGACAUGUGUAGGGACGAGAAACGAAACCUGAUUACAGCGAGCGCGAGGUGGUCGACAGGUGGCAGCAGUUCUUCGAUAAGCACCUCAAUGGCGAGAUAG